AUGGAUUCACAAAGAAUUGAUUACAUCAAAAUACAUCAACAAGAACUUCGAGUUGACUUGUAUCAAGGUUUAUCUGAUGUACUUUUUAAAGGAGAAAUAAAUGCUUCAGUAACUGGAAAGAGAGUCAUACUACCUUCUUCAUUUACAGCUUGGCCUGAAAUACAACGAUUUUGUGCUAAAAAUUCUUUACAUCCAUCAAAUCGACCAGAUAUCCUUUAUAGAGUUUUCAAGAUGAAACUUCAGUCAUUGCUACAAGUUAUAAAGCAGGAGAAAAUUUUUGGAAGAAUUAAAGUAGAUCCAGCUGACAAGAUCAAAGAUGCUGAACAUGUUGAUGAGCUUAUUUCUACAGAAAUCCCAAACAAGAACACAUCUCCUCUUCUUUAUGAUUUAGUUGCAAGUUACAUGAUCCAUGGACCAUGUGGUCACAGCAAUCCAAGAUCACCUUGUAUGAAAGAUGGGAAGUGUAGUAAAUAUUUUCCAAAGAAAUUUGUUGAAGAAACUAUUCUUAAUGAUAACGGAUAUCCUACAUACAGGAGAAGGAAUGAUGGAAGAACAGUUGAAAGAAAAGGAACCCCUCUUGAUAGCCGCUAUGUUGUUCUAUAUAAUCCAAGACUCCUUGAACUUUUUACAGCUCAUAUAAAUGUUGAGAAAACAAACCAGUCAACAUCUAUUAAAUAUCUCUUCAAAUAUAUCAGCAAAGGAAAUGAUCAAGUCAUUGCAGGAAUAUACAACAACGAUCAAUCAGCAAAUCCUCAUGAAAUCUUUAAUGAAAUUAAACACUACUAUGAUUUUAGAUAUAUUUCCUCAUGUGAAGCUGCUUGGAGAAUUUUUGCAUUUGACAUUCAUCAUCAAUAUCCAUCUGUUGAAAGAUUGAGCUUCCAUUUGCCAAAUCAGCAAACAGUAUUGUACAAAGGAGGUCAAACUGUGAAGGAAGUCCUGAAAAAGUCAAGAAUCAAAGAAUCACAAUUCUUAGCAUAG